UCUGGUGUCGCUAGAGAAGACUGGUGGUCAGAGGCUGGGAGCUGUGGCCGUAGUGGGGUCGCGGCCGGUGUCGCCAUGUCUCGCGUGUCAGUGCCCUGCCAUGUGAAAGGCACCGUGGCUCUGCAGGUUGGCGACGUGCGUACCUCCCAAGGUCGGCCUGGCGUGCUGGUCAUCGAUGUCACCUUCCCCAGCGUCCCGCCCUUCGAGUUGCAGGAGAUCAUGUUUAAGAAUUACUACACAGCUUUUCUGAGCAUUCGUGUGCGCCAGCACACCUCAAUGCACACUCCGGCCAAGUGGGUGACCUGUUUACGGAACUACUGCCUAAUGCCUGACCCACACAGUGAAGAGGGGGCCCAGGAAUAUGUAUCACUGUUUAAACACCAGAUGCUGUGUGACAUGGCCAGGGUAUUGGAGUUGCGCCUGAUUCUGCGGCAGCCAUCACCAUUGUGGCUGUCUUUCACAGUGGAGGAGCUGCAGAUCUACCAGCAGGGACCAAAGAGCCCUUCCAUGGUCUUCCCCAAGUGGCUCUCCCACCCUGUACCCUGUGAGCAGCCCAUCCCCCUUCUUGAGGGUCUCCCAGACCCCGGCAGGGUAUCCUCCGAGGUGCAGCAGAUGUGGGCGCUGACAGAGAUGAUCCGGGCCAGUCACACCUCCACGCGGAUCGGCCGCUUUGACGUGGAUGGCUGUUAUGACUUGAACUUGCUCUCCUACACCUGA